AUGGAGGCUCUACCUCACACCAUCUGCCGCAGCUGCCGCACACGCCUCUCCCGCAGCACCACCACAUCGACCUCUCGCAGCUUCUCCUCGACCACAACUAAACAUGCCAUACCCCCAGAGUCACCCAAUUACAUCGACGUUCCUCAAUCCUUCCAACCAACAUAUAUCCCUCCACAACGUCAGAAGGGCUUCAUCCCUACUCCCCGCGACAUCUUCCCACGAAACCGCCCCUCAAAGGGCUCCCCCGAAUUCAUCACCCGCCUCACGACUCCUCGCCAGCAAGAUGUCUCACUCUCCGAUGCAUCCACAUUACCUCCCACAGUAUUAUACAAACAGAAGAUGGCCGACCUCCGCAAAUCCCACCUCGCCACCUCUCUAACCUCACUUGCGCAACGCAAAGCCAGUGCUCUACGAAAAAUGGACACCCGCGCCCAAUACAAACAAUCCCAAUCCCAACGCCUACGCACCCAGCGCCCGCGCUCCGACGAACGCCUCACCAACCCUUCCGUCCCCUCCUCCCUCCUUGCGCCCAUCCACCACCCCACCACAGCCGAAGCACUCGCUCUCCACGCCCAGAAAGCAGCUAAUGUGGCUGAACAUGCUCGAAAGCGUUUGAGCGCGCGGACUGAUGCUUUGCACACGCUUUAUAUCAAUAGUCGACACUUCAUUACCAACGAAAACCAACUCCGCGACCUGGUAACCAAAGAAUUCGAGCGCAAGGAUUUCCAGGGCAUCCCCGGGUUCCCGACGAAGAGCUACUGGGAUGGGCUGGGUCCGCCGGAUGGGAUCAAAGAGAUGGUGGACGGACAGUAUGUGAAUGUGCGGUCGGAAGGAAGUGGCAUGGGAGAUCUUAUGAAAAAGAUUACAGAGGGAAAGACUUCGGGAGGCUUGAGCGAGAAGGAGCGGAAGUAUAGACGGGAUCAGGAGAGGAUGAAGCGGGUUGCCGAGAAACUCAGUGGUGGUGCUAUGGGCUAG